AAAAAUCAAACAUUGCGUUGCGAACGUUAAAAAUAUUGCGAAAAAUUUGUAUUUUAAUUCUCUUUUGUUUGAUAUAGUUGUACAUUCGUUAAUUUAAACAUGAAUUCAAGAAGCGCGAACACUACAAUGAAGAGGAAAAUGAUGGGUAAUUUGAAACGUGCCAGUUCUUUAAAUGUCGUAAAUACAACAAGUGUUGAUAAUAAUCCAAGUUACGACUAUGAUAAAUAUUUGCAAGCUCUACUAAAGCAAGUUUUAAUAGACAAAGAAAUAGAGCAGUAUACUAGGGUUGUGGAAAAUCAGAUUUCGCACCAGAAAGAAAUUAUUAAGGAGAAAGAAAACCAUUUGAAGGAAAUCCAGCAAGGCCUACUGUUACAGGAGCAAAAGGAGAAACUAGUAAUUAUGAUUAAUAAUUUAGAAAAAAACAUGACUACUUUCAUCAACCUUACGAACGAACACGAAAUUCAGAAACACCUGGAAGCCAUUCAGGGGGCUUUAGAAGAAGCCAGUGGUACUCUAACUUUAAUAAACCUCAAACUAACCGAGGGAGACCAAGAGCAGCUAGCAGAAUCUGUAAAGAAACUUCUUCUGGCCAGCGACAUUAUCAUGAAAAGCGGGCGAGAUUUCGAAGGCGUUCAUAAAUUAGCAGAGAAGAGUCAAAACCUAUUGGCUAUUAUGCAAGAAGUCGUCGAAAUCACCAACGAACUAACUACUAUGGGUACUCUUGGUACUCAAAAUGUUCUCCAAAAAUUAUCUGAUGAGUUUGCAAAAGAUUACUAACAUAGAUUUACUAUAUUGUUAUUACUUAUUACUAAAUUGUUUUUUUUGUUGUAUUAUUGAAUAAAAACUAUUGAAAAACCGA